UUUACACCCAUCAUUCCCCCAGUAAAUUUCUGCUCCGCGACGGCGACCUCCCUCCUCCCUCCUCCUCCUCCUCCUCCUCAUCAUCAUCAUCAUCGUCUUUCUGCGGGUAAUCGCCUCACUCCGUUGCAAACGAUGAAUGUAGAUAAGCUCAUGAAGAUGGCUGGUGCUGUUCGCACUGGUGGAAAGGGCAGCAUGCGCAGGAAGAAGAAGGCAGUUCACAAAACUGCAACAACAGAUGACAAGAGGCUUCAAAGCACAUUGAAAAGAAUAGGCGUCAAUGCCAUACCUGCCAUAGAAGAAGUCAACAUUUUUAAGGAUGAUCUUGUUAUUCAGUUUGUUAAUCCUAAGGUGCAAGCUUCUAUUGCAGCCAAUACAUGGGUUGUUAGCGGGUCUCCUCAGACAAAGAAAUUUGAAGAUAUGCUACCUGGCAUCAUUAACCAACUAGGGCCUGAUAAUUUGGAGAACUUGAAGAGACUUGCGGAACACUUACAGAAACAGUCACCCAGCACAGCUACUGCUGCUAAACAGGACAAUGAUGAUGAUGAUGUCCCUGACCUGGUCCCUGGAGAAACAUUUGAAGCAGCUGCAGAUGAAAGCCAAGCUUCAUAGAGAAAUAUGCUUUUCAGAUAAAUUCUCAGACUUUUCAUGUCGUCAGUUGCAGUUUUGGUUUCUCAAGACGGGAAGCAGAUGAAUUCAUUUAUGUUAUA